UGUGAUAGGCCACUGUGUCUCCCUGAGCCCUGGGGCUGGCUGCCUGGUCCUCCUGUGUUCCUGCUUCCUGGCCCUGGCACCCGGAACACAGGGUCCCCCAGCCGCAAUAAAGCAGAGAGAUUGGUCCUCAGCCAUUCCUACCGACAGUCCCCAUUGCCCUGGGACACCCCUGAAUGUACAGCCUAUAGGAGAAGCUGUGGCCUCACCCAAAAAAUGCAGGGUAUCCGGCCUCACCCCGGGGACAGCAUGGCCCAGCUGGGCAGAGAAGUGGACGACUUCCUCAUGUACUUCAUACUGAUGGAGAAGAUCCCCGUGGGCACCCGUGUGGUGGAACCCGGCAGACUGUGCUGCAUGAGCGAGGAGGCCUACAUCCAGAGCGUGUCGGCGGACCAGAAUCCAGCGCACUCCCUCUACGUCUCAGUGAUAGAGGAGAACGUCCAAGUCGACGCAGACGUGGAGGUGCUGCAGGCUCUGACCAGGAAACAGGCUGCUAUGCUGCUGGCCAUUCCCAGCCCCACGGAGCGGCUCAGCUGCUUCCUGGAACGGACACUCCUGCAGCAGGCCGUCCAAGCAGAGGUCGGGCAGCAGGUCCUGGUGGAGCACGAGCAGAGGCUUUUCCCAGCCCUGUUGCAUUAUGUGGGCAGCACCCUGAACAGCAACACCUUACUGCCCCCUGUCUGCUUCGGAGUGGAGCUGGAGGGGGAAGGUGAAGGCAGAGGGAAUAUUGAUGGAUCUUAUAAAGGGGUGAUCUUCUUCAAAUGCAAGAAGGAUAGUGGCCUUCUCUUACCAUUCAACAAGAUCAUCUUCUGUGGAAUGCCACCAGCGGUCGAAGUGGGGACCCCUUCUCCACAGAGAAGUUCCUCCAAAUCUGAGGAUAGAUUAUCGGGCGAGCUACUGAGCAUUCGGCUGGACACUGUAGUAAAGGAGGAGACGGCUUCUGCAAAAGAUAAUCCAAGCUCUGCCAGUGAAUUGAAGAUCCCCAGUAAUGGGGAGAAGGUGAAAGAAAAUAUUAGAGACAGAUACUUGGAUGUAAACUCUCUGGUACAGAUCCAGUACAAGGAGGAAGAACUGGCGUUUGGGAUCAUUAGAUGGUUGGGAUACCUGCCCCAAAAGGAGGACGCAAUGGCUGGAGUGGAGCUGGAGGAAGAUAAAGGUUGCACCGACGGCAUGUGGUGUGGUCACCGGUAUUUUUUCUGCCCGGCGAAACGGGGAAUCUUUCUGAAACUGAAAGCUUGCCAGCCGGAUACUCGCUUCUUGUCCAACAGAGACGGUCAGCCAAAGAGCCUGGAGGUCACAGAGCACGGAACGGAUGAUAGUCAGCGGGUUCUGGGGAAGGUCCCCCCUCUGCAGGAACAAGCAGCAGUGGAGGUUUUAGAAGGAGAUAUGAGGGGGAUUCAAGGACAUUGCAACUCCUGCUACAUGGAUGCUGCGCUUUUCAGUCUCUUCUCCUGCAGCUCCAUUCUAGACUCUCUUCUCUUCAAGCCAUCGUAUUUCCCAAAUGGACAAAUCCAGCAGACCCUGCGGGAGGAGAUUGUGAACCCCUUGCGCAAGAAAGGCUUCGUGUCCGCGGACAGCGUGAUGAACCUCCGACAUCAGCUGAUGCAGGAAAGCCAGUGCCCCAGCUUCACUACUUCCGAGAAAGAUCCUGAAGAGUUCCUGAAUGUGAUCAUGCACCGUAUCCUGGGAGCGGAUCCUCUCCUGAAGCUGCAGUCGCAGGGCCGGGGGGUGCAGGAGUGUUACUGCUACCAGAUCUUUAUAGAGAAGAAGCAGGAGAUGACCGUGCCCAACGUCCAGCAGCUCCUGGAGCAGUCCUUCCAUCACUCUAACCUGAAGCUUACUGAGGUUCCAUCCUGCUUUAUCAUCCAGAUGCCGCGAUUCGGGAAGGAGUACAAGAUGUUCAGUAAAAUAGUCCCGUCUCUACAGCUGGACAUCACAGAUCUGCUGCUCAACAGUCCCAGGGAGUGCGUGGUGUGUGGACAUUUGGCCACUCAAGAAUGUGCCGAAUGCUUCAAGGAUGUCAUCCUCUCCGACCACGGCCUGAAGCAGUACUGCUCGGUGUGCUGUAUACAGGUUCACACUCAUCACAAGAGGAAGGACCACAAGCCUGUCCCUCUAAAGGUCCCUAAGGGCUUCCUGAAAGAUCCGGGCCUGAGCAAGAUCCCGCGGGAGACCCUGGAGCUGUUUGCCGUGCUGUGCAUAGAGACCAGUCACUAUGUUUCCUUUGUGAAGUACGGCGCAGGGACAGACAGCUGGAUAUUCUUUGACAGCAUGGCCGACCGAUUUGGUAGUGAGAACGGGUACAACAUCCCCCGGGUCAGCCGUUGCCCAGAAGUGGCCACUUACCUGUCUUCUCCGCUGGAAGAACUCGUCAGCCAGAACCCGCGUGAGAUGAAAGGCGUGGCUAAGCGGCUCUUCUGUGACGCCUACAUGUACAUGUAUCAGAGCAAGAGGAUGGCCCUCUACAAAUGAGAGAUAUAAACGCUGAGUAUCGCAUUUAGCAGGAUACCUGGCCGCCUUUUCCCAUGGUCCUGUGACCUGUAUGCUGGACAUAUAUCUGGGAUAAACUGUCAGCAUCGGACUCCAUGUGGAAUUAUACUGGAAGGAGGUCACCCCUCCAUCACUCAGAGGAUAUCUAAUCCCCCAUCUUCAUGUCCCGGACUGAGCCAAGUGUGACUGUGAUGUGAGUACACAAUCAUACACAGAAUGCUUUCAUUGCUGGUUGCAGAAUGAGGAACGUUGUGUACAUUGCACAUUCCUACACAGGAGCCUGUAUGCCCAGCUGACCACCAGGGGGAGCUUCCCUCCCAGAGGAGGAGACCACCACCAGCUCACAGGUGAUAGAGGUCAGCCUAGGUGUUACAGCAGGAGCACAAGGUGCAGAGUGCGGGGUGACUGGCCUUACACCUAUACCUGUUAUGCAAAGCAUUGUUUUAUAUCUAGUGAAUAAUAUGUACAGUGCUGGACCUGGAUCUGCGUACGCCACAAAUUGUGGCUGUAACUUUCUUGAUUUUUUUUGUGUGUAAAAUCUCAGGGUUCUGUAAAGAUCUUUAUAAUGGCGUAAAUAAAACAAGAUUGUGCGCA